AUGUUAACUGCCAUCGCCAAGCAUCAAGAGUUUUUUUUUCUGCCGUCCCACACAACAGACCCUGUACCAGCCCAUGCAUGUGCAUCAAGUUGUACGUACCAUGGGUCCAGAUCACUUUGUCCCUAUAAGUUUAUUAAGGACCCGUUCCUCCUGUUUCUUCGCAGCCUCUUGUCUCUUCUGGCUGCGCGAGCGUUGAAUCUCUUUGAUCCCCUCAAUCCAAUACUCUUGGAGAUCCACAAAAUGGCAGCCACAGAAGUCCCGCGAUCCAGCGAUGGUCGUCACGAGAGUCGAGACAUCGAAGCCAUGGAGGUGACGGAUACGGUGACCCAAAAUAAAGGGACCGAAAUCGAUGUCGCGGACUACAAGCUGGGUAACGGCGAAGAUUCUCUGCCAAACCAAGAAGCCCAGCGUGGUGUUCAGAAGAUUGAGGCCGUGACACUGGCCUGGUCCAAGCUAUGGCUAGCCGGAUUGCUUUUCAAUAUCUGGAUCAUCUUCCUCGCCAAUGGCUUCAGAAUCUCAAUUCUAGCCAGUUUGCUACCCUACGUGACGAGUGACUUCCAGUCCCAUUCGCUGUUGACUGUCAUUCAAAUUGUCGCAAACGCAAUGACGGCCGCUGUUUACAUUCCCAUGGCAAAGCUUUUGGACCUUUGGGGUCGUGCGGAAGGUCUGCUUCUCAUGGUGGGCUCAGCGACUCUGGGAGUCAUUCUCAUGGCUUCAUCCCGUAGCCUCGCCACAUUUUGCGCUGCCGAGGUCUUCUACUCCAUCGGUUUUGCCGGCAUCAUUUACACAGUGGCCGUCCUUGCUGCCGACGUGACCACCCUGAGAAAUCGUGGACUCGCAUUUGCGUUCACUUCGUCUCCAUACAUGAUCACUGCUUUUGCCGGAUCGAAAGCUGCCGCAGCCUAUUAUCAAAACGUCAGCUGGCGCUGGGGCUUUGGUAGUUUCGCCAUCAUUGUGCCGGGCGUGACUCUGCCUCUAUUCAUCAUGAUGAAGUUCAACCUCCGCAAGGCUGAGAAGCGAGGUAUCUUUUGGAAGGAAGAAGAUAGCCAAAAGACCAUUUUGCAGAAGUUCCUGCACGUCCUGGUCGAAUUUGAUCUGCCCGGCGUUGUUCUUUUUGCUGGAGGUUUCACGGUAUUCUUGCUUCCAUUCACCCUUGCAACUUCUGCCCCUCAGGGCUGGAAGACCGGCUACAUCAUCGCCAUGAUCAUCACCGGUUUCGUUGUGCUUGUCAUCUUCGCAUUGUAUGAGAUGUAUCUGGCCCCGGUUCCAUUCUUGAAACGAGAAUUCCUCACAAACCGUUCUGUCAUCGGCGCCUGUCUCAUCGACAUGACAUACCAAAUCUCUUACUAUUGCUGGAACAGCUACUUUACAUCCUUUUUGCAGGUCGUCAGCAACUUGGGAAUAGCCGAAGCUGGAUACGUAAACAGCACUUUCCAGGUUGUUUCUGGCGUUUUGUUGUUCAUUGUUGGCUACUUGAUCCGCUGGUCUGGCCGCUUCAAGUGGCUUCUUUACGUUGCUGUCCCGAUCUACGUUUUCGGUCUCGGCUUGAUGAUCAACUUCCGCCAACCGAACCAGUACAUCGGCUACAUCGUCAUGUGCGAAAUCUUCUUCUCAAUUGGCGGGUCAAUCUUCAUUCUCGUAAUGCAGCUGUCUGUUCUGGCUGCAGUUGACCAUCAGUACUUUGCUGCUGUACUGUCGGUACUCUAUGUUUCUGGGUCUACCGGCGGAGCAAUUGGCGCCACCAUCUCAGGAACCAUCUGGACCAACACUUUCCUCAAGGCUCUCCAGACCAACCUCCCGGAGCCGGCCCGGCAGAACGCUACACUUAUCUACUCGAGCCUGCCUAUGCAGCUCUCAUACCCGGUUGGAAGCCCUGAGCGAGUGGCCAUUCAGCUUUCCUAUGGCUAUGGCCAGACAAGAAUGUUGGCUGCUGGAACUGCAAUCGGCGCUAUUUGCUUCGUUUGGAUUCUUCUGAUUAAGAAUUUCGAUGUCUCCAAGAAGACUUCCCAGACGAAGGGAUGGGUCUUCUAA